AAUGGUGAUAGCAUCAGCUCAGGGGGUCCUUAUGAUGGAGAGCGUGUAGGAAAUACACUUCAGGGUGACGUUGACAGCAACAGGGAAAUGUCGGUGGAUGAAGCAACUGAUGAUGCUUUGUUGGGUGUAUCAUCGCUGGAACCAAGUGAUUAUAUGGAGGAAGAAGAGGACGGGAUAGAGUUGGACGAUGAGUUCCUGGCUGUGGCAACACAGGUGCCCAUAGAUUACACGAUGCAUGAAGAGGAACUAAAUGAGGAAAACAAUUUGGUUGGCCUUAAUAACUUAAGGGGCAUGCUUGCUGCACUGAAUACAUGCAUCAGAUGGGUAGCAUGGAUAGCAGGUACUCCCCUGUUGCGAGUUACUAACCGAGACACUAUAAUAGAAAUAAAUUGCGGAAAAGAGUGAAAACCU